AUGAAACUCGUGAAACAAUUCAUCGAAAAGGACAAGUCCGGAUAUGUCACUCUCAUUCCCGAAGAGUUCGAAGACAUGUGGCACGUCUACAACCUCAUUCAAAAAUACGAUCAACUCCGCGCCGUCACUAUUCGCCGUAUCCAAUCCGAAAGUACAACGGGAUCCGUCGACAGCCAGCGGAUAAGACUGACUCUCAGCAUUUCAGUCGACAAUGUAGACUUUGACACGCAAGUCGGCAUGUUGAGGAUAGGUGGGCGAGUCAUCGUGGAGAACCCUCAUGUCAAGCUGGGAACAUUUCAUACGAUCGACCUGGAGAUGAACCGCAGCUUCACGCUGAUCAAGCCAGAAUGGGACGUCAUUGCACUGGAGAGAGUUCAGGAGGCCUGUGACGUUACCAAGAAAGCCGAUGUCGCCGCCGUAGUCUGUCAGGAAGGACUCGCCAAUAUCUGCUUGUUGACGUCAAGUAUGACCAUCAUUCGCCAACAUAUCGACUGUCCAGUACCAAGGAAACGCAAGGGCUCCGUCACCAACUACGAGAAGGGGUUGAAGCGGUUCUUUGAGCAGAUCUACCAGGCGAUUCUUCGACACAUUGACUUUGAUAUUGUCAAGUGCGUCAUUCUUGGAAGUCCAGGAUUUGUGCGAGAGCAGCUCUACGACUAUAUUUUCGCAGAGGCAGUGAGGACGGACAACAAGACGAUCAUGCAUAACAGGUCCAAGUUCAUCGCGGUACACACAUCCACAGGACACAAGCAGGCGCUUCAGGAGGUGAUGAACGACCCAGCCAUCAAAAUCAAGCUGGCAGAUACCAAGGCUGCGCAGGAAGUACAGGCGCUCGACCAGUUCUACGAGAUGAUGAACAUGGAUCCCGACAGGGCAUUUUACGGAUUCAAAGAUGUCUCAAAAGCAGCUGAGCGAGGUGCCAUUGGUACACUGUUGGUCACGGAUGAACUUUUCAGAGCUGCGGAUGUGGUUAAGAGGCGACAGUACAUUGCUCUUGUCGAGAGCGCACGUGCGUCAGGCGGCAAAGUCUUUGUGUUCUCUAGUCUUCACGUCUCAGGCGAGAAUCUGAACCAGUUGACCGGAGUGGCAGCAAUCUUGAACUUUCCCUUACCGGAUCUGGACGACGAGGAAGAGGGAGAGGAAGUGCCUGAAGACGACGCUGACCUGGACGAGGACGGUUUACCACGGAUGCACUCUAACCUGAACCGCGACAUUCUUGAUGCUGUGCUAGAAUGA